AUGCUCUUCACUGCCUCUUUCGCCGCUCUUGCCGCCGCUUUGGCUCAGGUAUCUCUGGUGUCUGCUCACGGUGGUGUACUGAGCUACAACAUUGGCGGCACUGACUACAACGGUUUCGUGCCAUACAACACCCCCGUCGGCCAGUCAUCCAUCCAACGCGAAUGGGACUCUUACAACCCCAUCACCGACCCCACGGACGCCCACUUGUCUUGCAACGCCAACGGUGCCUCCCUCGGCUCUGGCCAGAAGUCCGCGACUGUUGCCGCUGGAUCCAAGGUCAUUGCUUACUGGAACAACCCCUGGCCUCACACCGUCGGUCCUGUUAUGGUGUACAUGGCGAACUGCGGUGGUGACUGCAGCAGUGCUGACACGUCCUCUCUGGACUGGUUCAAGAUCGAUCAGGCCGGUCUCAUCUCUGGCCCCGUAUCCGCUGGCCAAUGGGGCAUGGGCCAGCUUGUGAACCAGAACAGCUCUUGGACGUCGACAAUCCCCGCCGCACUGCCCGCUGGCAACUACUUCAUCCGCCACGAACUUCUCGCUAUCCACACCUCGAACCAGCCGCAGUUCUACCCCGAGUGCGCACAGCUCGUCCUCACUGGUGGAGGCUCGUCUACCCCGUCCUCGGACCUCCUCGUUAAGUUCCCUGGUGCAUACGCUAUGAGCGACCCUGGUGUUGGCAUCGACAUCUACUCGAGCACGGCAACCAACUACACUAUUCCCGGCCCCGCCGUCUGGACCGGCAACUAG